AUGGUUACCAUUUUGGUUAAAGACAUUACAAUUGUCAAUGUCUAUAAUCAACCGAAACCAUCCAAGAAAUACCCUGAGCCACCGGUUUUUGAGUUUCUCAAACGGGAGAUCAAGGAACAAUACUCAAAGAUUGUCAUUGCAGGUGAUUAUAACUUACAUCACAAGGAAUGGGAGUCAAGGGCAGGUCCGAAUACGGAAGCAGAUGAAGUUGUUGAGUGGCUACAUGAAAAUGAUAUGAUGUUAAUUACUCCAAGAAAUCAAAAAACAUACAACAAUAGAACCAAUAUUGAUUUGGUUUAUGGCUCAGUGGACUUACUUCAUAGAAUUUCAUUUAGUGGAGUGGAUGAAAAUACACUAAGUGAUCACUCAAUUGUGGAGUGGGACAUCUAUAUGUCUCAGAGUAAAAACGGGGAUGAAGUUUUUACUUCGGUGAAGAGAUUGAAUAUUAAGAAUGCAGAUUGGGAAAAGUUUGACAAGGAGCUUUCUUCUGCCAUUAAAGAUUUUAAUGUGCAUAACAAAACUCUAAAAUCAACUGACCAAAUUGAUGACCAAGCUAAAGUUCUUGAGGAGGUUGUAAAAAGAGCAAUGGCAAAGUCGAUGAAGGAAGUUAAGGUGAUGAAAAAAAAGUCCAAACGCUAUUGGAAUCAAGAAUUAAGGGAGAAGUUAGAAAAAGCGCUAGAAGCUAAGAGGGAAGCCCGUCAAAGGCAACCUUCUUUGGCUUUGAAACGACAAAAAAUUGAAGAGGCGAAAAAAGCUAGAAAAAUUUUUGACCACAGUUUGCGUGAAGCAAGUACUGAGCAAUGGAAUAAAUAUUUGUCUAGUUUAGAAGGAAAUGACAUUUGGAAGAUUUUGAAGUAUAUUAAUCCAAAAAGCAAUGAUACCAUUAUACCACAAAUUAGAAAAGAAGAUGGAACUCUCACUACUACUGUUGACGAAAAAAAGACAUGA